UGGCAGAGCCGUGGUCGGCCUUGGUUGAGGCUUGUUGUCACUUUUGUGUGUUGUGAAUGAUCACUUCCUUAAUUGCUGACGAGGUCGCAGUUUUAAAGGGGACUGCUCCCUCUGUGAACGACCCACUAACAAUGGCUGCGGCUUAGACCAUAUUGUCAGUGCCUACUUGGGUUCUUAACAGUGUGGUAAGCCGGCACAUAUUGCAACAUGGGAAGCUGUAAAAAAGAAUGACAAAGAUCUGAAGUAGGCAAUGCAUUUGGAAGCCAUCUUGGGACCACCUUGCUGACAAGUCCGCCUUGAUCGACUGAGUGAGUUGUUGACUAUUGUGUGAGGGUGUUUGUCGCCAAUAACCCCUCAACCCUGGCAGGCAACGCAGUCACCAUUUGGCGUCUACCUCUCAGCUCAAGGGAGACCCAAGAGGGGGAGGGGCAAGGCAGCGCGCCUUAAAUGUCGCACCAAGAUGGACACUAGCAUUAUCAGCCCGGACCCCGCCACCGCCAACGCCAAAGAGGAGAUCACGCCACAGUACGAUAGCAGCGAGGAAUGGGAGAUCGGGCUGGGCAACCUGAUCAUUGACCUGGACGCUGAUCUGGAGAAGGAUCGGCAGGAUGUCCCCUCGGCCGACUGUAGCCCCUUGAGAAUCGGUAAGAUGAAGAUCAAGCGUAAGGUCAGCAGCUCCAAAGGGGAGGCUGCCACCAUGUCGUCGCCCCGUAAGGACCCCUCCACGAGCAGCAGCAGUAGCAGCAACGAAGACACCCCAACGACAACAACAGCAGGGGUUUCGACAACGCAUCAUGCGUCACCGGAACGCCCAGAAUCCGUGGCCAAACCGCGAGUGGUCAUACACCACAAGAAAGACUCGGCCACAAAGCAAGACAAGGCGUUCAGUAACCCUGCCAUGAGCAGUGCUUCCAAGGGACCCACCGCGGCUGUGUCCCUGGUGCCCAUUGCGGGAACCAACCAAACCAACCCCACCGUUCUACUCAACACUUCCAUGGUGGUUGCCCCAGUUGCAACGCCGCCCCAACCACAACAACCGAAAAUCUCGGACAAUACAAACCACGUCCUUCCACAAGGAGCAACAGUCAGCAUUAGCCCCAUGAAAGUCACUGUGAGCACUGGCAAGGACUCGGACAAGAAACUCGGCAGAGCGGACAGCCGAGAAGAUGACAACAAAACAAAGGAGGAUGGGAAGAGGAAAGAGGAGAAAGAGGUCAAAGGUGACACGAAUAACAAGAAGGAGGGAUCGCACGGCGGCGUUGCCAAGAAACAUGGCGGGAAGAAGGCCAAAAAUGACAAGGUCACCACUCAUUCUGUAGCGAUAGACACCUCCGACAUGUCCACACUGACGGAUCCAGACUGUCUUGGGCCCUGCGAGCCAGGAACCUCGGUCAACUUGGAGGGCAUUGUGUGGCAUGAGACGGACCAAGGUGUUCUUGUUGUGAAUGUGACUUGGAGGAACAAGACCUACGUGGGCACGCUCCUUGACUGCACCAAACAUGACUGGGCUCCACCGAGGUUUUGCGAUUCUCCUACUAGUGACAUGGAGAUCCGGAAUGCCAAGACACCGGGCCGGCCCAAGCGAGGGCGCAACAGCUCUUCCACAACAAACAGUGACCUCAGCAACUUCACCGAGACGCGUUCUUCCAUCCACAGCAAGCUCCGCAACUCAACCACCAUCAAGAGCCGGCGCGGCAGCGGUGCCUCCAACGGCAGCCGCACGCCUCCCAACGCCAUCGACCGAGCCCAGGGCAAACGGAAGAUACGCCCCACCGACAUAGACCUUAGCUCUGGGGAGGAUAACAAUAAGGCAUCCAAGAGGUUGAAAACUGCACGAAAUACGCCGACUCCCAACUCCUCCGAGGGUGCUACUUCGCCUGUGUUCAUUGAGUGCCCAGAACCAAAUUGCAAUAAGAAGUACAAACACAUCAAUGGUUUGAGAUACCACCAGACACAUGCCCAUCAGGACCUUCCGAGGCAGGAGCUGAUUACCCCUGAUGAAGCAGAUCAACCGGAAACUCCUAAAGCUGUGGUGGAGGCAGCCUCUGAUUUCAGUCCCUCCAAGAGGGACAAGACUGCCGUACCUUCUGAGGCUUCUGCAACAGGGUCUGUCCCUAGCAAUGUCAGUCCAGCAAAGGGGGCUGGCAGCUCUGUGGAGAAAUUAAAAGACAUUAAAACAGCUCCCGCAAUGACUCCAGAGAAACGGGACGACAGUAUACCACCUUGUUUACCCACUGGAAGCACAUCAACUGAUGUGUGCAAAGACCCUAACACUAAGGAAGUGACUAAAGGACGGGUAGAUGUAACUCGCAGCCCCAAAGGCGGGCAGCAUAAAAGUCCAAAUGAUAAAACCAGUCCUAGCAAGAUUCUCCAUGGUGCCAACAAAGCCAAAGAUGCAGUCAAUGCUGUCAAAACUAAGCCUGACUCUCACUCCAGUGACAAACCCAGCAAGCACAAGAAACCUGCGAGUCAGAACACUAGCAACCCCAGCAGCAAUCAAAAGGACAUGUCUGUCUUUGAUUUCAACUCGACAGCAGAGGCUGAUGAUCACACCAAAAAGACUAACAGCAGCUCUGGGGAGAAGCAGACCAGCGUGAGUGUCAUCCGCUCCAACCCAGAGCAGAUAGUCAUUAAAACAGAACCUCUCAGCCCACCGCCAACAAAUAUCCCCAAGACUCCUGAUACGCCAAAGAUGUCGUCAGCACCCAGCAGUGAGGAUGCUCAGAAACACUCAAAGAGCAAAGACAAGGACAAAGCAAAGGGAGGGUCUGAGAAGAAGAAACCAAAACAGGACAAAUUAGUCCAGAAGCCGAAAUCAGCUCGACCAAUUGCCCCAGCUCCUCCUCACCCUCAACCUCCACAACUCAUUGCAAUACCAACUAUUGUCACUACAAGCAGCGGACCAACGCCCACACCUCUCACAAUACCAACAGUAACAACAAAACCUGCAGGGUCAUCUCCCAGCACGGGAGCAACAUUGAAACCCAUCCAACCAAAGCCAGCCGUGGCAGAUAACCCCGCUGUUAAUGCCUCUCUCGCAACUCUAAAAGAAAAGAAGUCCAAACCCAAGAAGAAGUCCAAGACUGACAAAGAAAAGCAUGUGGCUGGGAGCACCCCAAAGGAUGGGACCAAGGGGGACCCUAAGGACAUCACUAAGCAGAAGGAGGGGAAACCCAAAGAGAGUCCCCCUACCAUUCGACCAGAUCAACUCCCUGAAUCAUCACCAGCAGCUGCUUUGGAGAACAACAUUCUCAAACAGGCGUUGACAGCAUCGGGCAUCGGUCCUGAGGAUGCUGGUAGGAACUCUCCUUAUGUUCCAGGGAGUAAUCCUGAGAGCCAAACCAAAGCAUCAGAGCAACCGCCAAAGGAUGCCCCAAAGGAACUACCAUCUUUAAUCCCCAGCAGACCGAUUGUGAACCCAAGCAUGCCCGAAAUGCCGAAGCUUAUCCCCACCAGUAGUAUUAUGAACUCGGUAAACCGGCCUCCGCAUCAUGGACCAAUGCCAUCACAACAACAGCAGCAGCAGCAGCAACAGCAGCCUCCACCACCCCCACCAACUAAACCAAUCAUCCCGUCUUCCCCAGAGACCAUGAAAAAGGAAUACCAAGGACUCCCAGCUCCCGCUCAAACAAAAUCCAACAGCUUGCCCUCAGAACAUCCUGUGCCGACCCUAGUGGUUCCCCCAAACACAGAGGAUAUAAGGGCGGGCAGCCCAGCAUAUUCCGAUAUAUCAGACGCCAAUGACGAGGCUCCAGUAGGACCCACAAAACCUAGAGAGGAAAGAGAUCCUUACGCUUUUCACGAUACACCUGUUGGCAGAUCCUCCCAGGGAAGCAAGCAAGUCCCAGAGGAUUUGCGAAGACUUGAGAGAGUAGAACCAUUAAGUGUACCGAUGUUUUCACCAUUAACGGAGGUAGCACGAGAGCGAGGAGUCAGCACAGAAUCUGUGGCCAAAUCUAUGGAGUCUGUGCGAGCGACUCCCACCCAGCCCUUGAAAUCAGAGCCGGGCAGAGAACCUUGCAAAGAAGGACCUGAGCCCAAGAAGGCCAGGAAAGACUCUCCGAGCCCAUCAACUGAGACUGGCUAUAGGCCUCAGGCUCUUCCAACUGAGACUGGCUACAGACCUCAGGCUCCUCCAGGUGCUGUCUAUGGUGGCCAGUAUCCCUUCUUACCAGGCUACGUAACAAUGGACCCAUCAUAUCACCAGCGGCUUAUAUCCACCGAUCCUCAUUAUAGACAGCAACAUGAACAAUUUAUGGGGGAGCAACGCAAACGUGCCGAGGCAGAGAGACUUGAGAGGGAGAAAAGAGACCAGGAGCCUGGCAAGGACAAAGCUUCUGAGAGUUCUGAUCUGAGGGAUAGACCUAUCCCUAAGAUCAAAACAGAACCUGUCACUCCUACCAAAAGGGACUCAGUAUCUGACACAAGUAAGGGAAUAAGACCUGAUAAAGACCCUCAACUUUUAAAGAGAAAAGGGGACCGGGAACCUCCUGAGACAAUCCAUGGUAAGCAACUUGAUUUUCACAAGCCGGGAUCCAAGAGUCCUGAUGUCACCGCUCCGCUUGGCGUGCCAAAAUCCUCAGAAGCAGCUCGCACUUUGCAGGAACAGCAGCGAGAGGAGAUGAGGCUGUACUCUCUGUAUGAUCAUAAACAGAGAGAGUUGCAGCGCCAGGAGGAAGAUAACCGGAAAGCCAAACAAGAGGAGCGCCGAAGGUCCGAGUCCAGCGAAUCACGGAGAGAGAGUCAAAGAACAGCAGAAGACCGCCAGCAAGAGCACGAGCGCUCUAGGAGACCUACCAGCUCCCCGCGUCAAGAGUCAUCCAAGGAGCAGGGCAACACAACCUCAUCUUCUAAAUCAUCAAGUGAUGACAAGAAGCACAGAGACUCUCCACAGCCAAGCAAAAGUCAAUCCCCCCAUGAUAAGGGUCCACCCAGAGGAUUGAUACCUCCCUCCAGAAGAGUCCUAGACACGUAUCCGGCAUAUCUCCAACCUCCCUAUGUGCAGACUCCAUUUGGACCAAUGCCCUUUGAUCCUGGCCAUCCUGCCUACCAGGCAGUUAACCCCAUGGUCGCUUAUCCCUACAUCCCGCACGAGUUGCACUACCCACCACCGCAGGGGCCACGCAUGAUCAGUCCAAUGUGGAAGUCACCGGAGGAGCGAGGUCGCUAUGAAAUGGACCGUGAACAGUCGGGCGCAACAUCCCCUCAUAGCUCUGGGAGCAAAAGUAGAGAGUCCUCUCGAGAGCGGCCAACCAAAGCUCUGGACGUUUUACAACAACAUGCCAACCAAUACUUCAGCUCUCAUAAGAACGAGAGGUCACGGUCCCCAGAACCGGAGAGGGAGAGAAGACCAUCCUCCUCCCCGCAUCCACCGGCAUCUCCUGCUGAGAGGAAGACCCCGGUGACACCUACAUCUCGUGAGGAUUCUCCCAGGUACGACUCAUCCCGAAGACACGGCCCACAAAUCCCAUCUCAUCUACUGCAUCAGCAUAUGCACACACACCAACACACGCAUCUAGGCAUGGGCUAUCCGGUCUUGCAACCCUACGAUCCUUACGUUCUUGCUAGUCACCAGCAAGCAGCAGCAGCAGCAGCAGCUGCCCAAGGCGUCAACCCGUAUGCUGUCCGAAGGGAAUGAGGCGCCCUCAAAUCGUGCGACCAAGGUAUUCUCUGCCGCCAUGUUUAAUAGCAUCCAUUGCUCCAUCAACCAAAGAGUCUGUGACCAAAGAGUGAUUUCUCUUCCCGCCCGUCAACUGUUGUGGAACGAAGCUCCGUCCCAUUGCGUGGGUUCUGGAAUACUUGAUGCCAAGAUUGUGGAAUACUAGAGUUAAUCUCUCGAGGCAAAGAACUGUUGGAGUCUCACUUUUGUGGAGGCCGAGCCUCUUCGUUUUAAGAAGAGGAAAGCAGAGAGGACAUCUUGAGACGAUGACAAGCGUUGUUAAUAACUUUUUUAUAUGAGAAACCUUGCAUUGGUCUUUUUUUUUAAGAUGUUGAUGUCAAGUUUUCUGGAAACUUUUUGCCGUUAGAGCAAGGAAAAUUGAUGUUUGAGGACGUUUUGUAUAUAGCAAGAAGACAUGUAUUUGAUAUAUUGUCUCAUCUUUUGAUCAGACGGAGGCACACGUGGAUAUUUUAGACAUAUGGGCAAGGCAUUGUAUCCGCUAUCAGAAUGGGAUGCUGGUGAUUUUUAUUGAACAAAGUGCAACAAUUCAAAUCAAUCAAGUACUUUUUAAGAUGUAUCAUAUGCCGACUGUGAGCUUUGGCUCUAUCACUUCACCAUCUAGGCCAGCUUUCUUCAUUUUUCAAGGGAAUUUAGACCAUAAAGCAUUAAUAUGACUUUGGGAAGUGUUCAGAGACUAAUUUGACCAUAGUUUAACCCUUUGGUGCAGGGGGGAGGUCGCUAAAGAAACUUUAUAAUUUACCUAAUCCAAAAAAUCUGUGCACCAAAGAGUUAAGAGAGGUUUUUUUCAGUGAUUAUAAAAAUCCCUAAACAGUGAAAUAAUACUGACUUCAAGAGGAAUUUUCAAGAGCAAAUUCAAAUGCACAAAUCUUGACAUCAGAAACUUUCUCAAAGUUGAGUAACUCAGCUCCUUGCGUGCUAGUAUACCAAACAAGAGGUUUAUACAAAAAGUCAUGGUACCUAUAGGCUUGUGUGCUACAAGCUUAGACAACUUUAGUUUCAAUCUCCCAAAAUAUGCCAAAGUAGAGCUUUUAAGGUGCAAAUGGAAUCAUACAGAUAUUGUUUUAUAUUUUGGAAUUUUUUUUAGUUCUUAGUUUCAUACACACUUUUGAAUGCUCAUAUGGUCAGAAUAUGACUUUCGACUGAUUUAAUCGGAAGUGCUUUUUUCUUUCUUUCUUUUUUUACAUGCAUUUUGCACAGUCCAGUUUCUUAUACCCAAUUAAGUAAGAUUUGAGGCUUUGCAUGGUGUAGAUACUAAAUAAUGAAAGGUUUGCGGAAACACCAUGUGCCUCUGGUUCUUUUCAGAACCAUUCUCUUAGUUGAGAAAUUAUUCGCACAUGGUGUUUCCGCAAACCUUUCAUUAUUUAUACCCAAUUGUUGCAUAUAUCUUUUAAAUGUGGGCAGGGGGUAUUCAAUGGAAUAGCCACUUGCACACAAGCGUCUAUGGUAUUCGCGCAGUUUCGGCGAUUAAUUACGCAAAACAAGACUGCGUCUUGACCUCCAGAUUCUGACCAUUCAGGGGGCACCUUCUAUCGGGUCUUCUGUAACAUGCAGCCAAAUGGGAGACUUUUGAGAUGUUGGUGGCAGCAAACACACCGGUCCUUUUCAAUUGUUCACGUCGUGUUUAAGCUAAAGGGCGCAUGCUCAAUAUGACGCGAACAAUGGAAAAAGGACCAUUAUGUUUGCUGCCACCAACGUCUCAAAAGUCUCCCAUUGACCAAUCAACUGCUGAGUCCAGUUUCUAAAGUUGGCUCCGAUUGGGCUGGCACGCGGAGUCACAUAAAAUGUGCAUGUUGGGAUAUACCAGACGAUGUUCCUAGUUUGGCUCUGCACACGUGAUUGUCUGAUCCUCAAACUAGGGGAUUGCCUCAAUUAGACAGUGGUAAAUCAAUGUGCAAAUGACGUCUUUGAGCUGAUAUAUCACCUUGUCAUGGCCAUUCUUUAGCUCACCAAACAGAAAGUGUAAAGGCUUGAAAUCGAUUUGACAGAUCUAUGCUGUAAUCUGGCAAAAAAAGAGGAGAGAGAUUUGACAUCUGAGUAUUUCUAUUAUUUGGUUGUUGGCGCAUGCAACCAAAAAAGAUCACACCAUGAUGAUUUGAAGCGGGUUUUGGAUGCUGCGAUUUGAUUGCAAGUUUCCCAUUUAGCGGGUGAAUCACGGACUUAAAACUGGUCCCCUGUAGGUAACGAGAACAAAUUGGGAAGCUGAACGUUGCCAUGGCCUGUGUUACCAUGCCAACCAGAGUAUUGUGCUUUAGAUUGGUUGUCGUGAGGAACAAGAUUGUGGCAUUGCAUGUGAAGGGCAUUAAUGUUAAAACUAAAUCAUAUUGACAAAAUGUUCACAAUUGAACAUUCGAGGAGAAAGGGUUGUUUGCUUCCUUUAAGCCUCAAAUUUCUGUCUCGGCAUCAUCAAAAGAUUUUUUUUUUCCAGAGUUUUGCUGAGGUUGCCAGUCUAAAAUGGAAGUUUAUCUGUUAAUAAUUUUUUUUGUGAGAAUUUUUCCAGAGAAACCAGUCUGUUGAAAGCCAGCUGUUCUCAAAAGAAGAAAAAAAACUUCUAAAAUUGUAAAUGAUGGAGUGUAAACGAUGUUUGGCAUCAGACUUUGUCGCUUAAUCAUUUUAUCUUAUUCUUCCUAGAUGUAAAAUAGACCUUAUAUUUUCAUUCUUGAUUGUUGUUUCUUUGUUUUUUAAAGUGCCACUGAUUAUAAAACUGUGCAGCACACACACCACUUUGUAUUUUACUGUAUCUUAAUAAAAUUGUAGACUUUUGCCGCCAGAUUGCGACAGGCAAGUCAGUUUGA